AUGCCACUAUUAGGCCCUUGGGUAGGCCCUCCAUCCCCUCUACCGCAGAAUUGGUGGCCUGAUCUACUACCAAGGGUACCGACAACACUGGAUGGAGCGCUCCUAGGUCCCCCAAGGGAGCUUAAGCCCAUCCAAAGGUCUUUCGGGUUCAACUCCACACUCACGUGUCUCGUUCACGUCUCCCCCGUUACUGGUACAUCAAACUGGCAACCGUCCAGCAUACCAUACUCUGAUAAUCGUAAACCAACCUCGGCCACAGUUCCAAGCCCUGCGUCACCAGCAUCAGGUUUCGUUCCCGUAACAGCUAUUCCGUCACCUAGCUCUGCUACAAUUUCACCGCCAAAAAGCGCUAUCCUGGCACCUGUGAAGGCUGAUGAGGAGUCUCCCAUCAAGGAGGAGGAUGAGUCUCUUAUCUCUCAAGAGGCUGUCGAGUGCAUCGCCCCUGUCUCUUUCUUGGCUCAAACCUAA